AUGUCUCUUUAUCACUCUGUUUGCUUUCUCCUCCUCCUCUCUAUCUUCCAUGGCUCUUACAGUCUCCAACCACUUCGAACUCCUCAUCUCGAUGGGCUUCUCCCAAAUGGAAACUUUGAGCAACCCCCUCUCAAAUCAAACAUGAAAGGUCGACAAAUAAUCGGCGCUAACUCUCUCCCUCACUGGCAAAUCUCCGGCCACGUGGAGCUAACCGCCGGCGGACCACAACCCGGAGGAUUCUAUUUCCCGGUCCCACGUGGGAUCCACGCGGUUAGGCUAGGAAGCUUAGCCACCAUCUCUCAAGACGUUAAAGUGAAACGUGGCUUAGUCUACGCUCUAACGUUUGGAGCCACGAGGACUUGUGCUCAAGACGAAAACAUCAAAGUCUCUGUCCCCGGCCAAGCCAACGAGCUUCCGAUUCAGACCGUCUUUAGCUCAGACGGUGGAGACACGUAUGCUUGGGCCUUUAACGCAACUUCUGAUUUGGUUAAGGUCACUUUCCAUAACCCUGGUGUUCAAGAAGACCGUACUUGUGGGCCCCUCUUAGAUGUUGUCGCUAUCAAAGAGAUUCUUCCUCUCCGGUAUACCAGAGGAAACUUGGUGAAAAACGGAGGAUUUGAGACCGGACCUCACGUAUUCGCUAAUUUCUCGACCGGAAUCUUGAUUCCGGCGAGGAUACAAGACUUGAUAUCUCCGUUACCUGGAUGGAUCGUGGAAUCACUCAAACCGGUGAAAUACAUAGACAAUCGUCAUUUCAAAAUUCCGUCUGGACUCGCCGCCGUAGAGCUCGUCGCCGGAAGAGAAAGCGCAAUCGCUCAGAUCAUCCGUACAGUCGCCGGUACACACUACGCCAUCUCGUUCGCGGUCGGAGACGCGCAAAACGGCUGCCACGGGUCGAUGAUGGUUGAGGCGUUUGUGGGGAAAUCAGCGUUUAAAGUUCCGUUUGAGUCGCAAGGUAAAGGAGGUUUUAAAACGGGGCGUUUUGCGUUUGUUGCUGAUUCGAAUCGUACGAGGAUAACUUUUUAUAGUGGGUUUUACCAUACCAAGCUUCAUGAUUUUGGGCAUCUUUGUGGGCCUGUUCUUGAUAGUGUUGUUGUUCUUCCGGCCCAUUAA